GGCGUUGCACAAUGCGCAUGCGCAUACAUUGUUGCCCGCGAAUCUAGUAAGGAGACGACGCACUUUUUGACUUCCCUCAAAAAUUGCUUGAUAAGAUAUGAUUCAUUUUGACGUGAACACGCGAGAUUCACGACCAAAAUGAGCGAGCCUCCACAUAGGAUUUCGUAUAAACGUUAUCUAACUCAUCCUGAAGAAACAAUUCCUGCAAGAACCCAAAGAAGAUGGGCACAGAAAAAAAGAAUUAAGGCAGCAGAAGAGCUUGAGGAUGUUCUCGAGGAAGGUCAAAAGAAAAUCCCAGAGACCUCUCAAGAAGAAGAUGCAAGAACUGCUCCUGAUGAUGAGUGCACAUCCAGGCCUGUUCAAAUAGAGGUUCCAGUGGAUUCAGGUCACACUAAAGAGCAAACCCAACUACUUCUUUUGGCACUUAAGCUCAAACACAGCUUGACCAAUGACUGUCUUGAAGAUGUUAUGAGAAUUAUUAAUGUGGUUGGUGGUCAUGAUUCAGUAUGCAGGACAAAAUACUCCUUUUAUAAGGCGUUUGAUUAUACCAAAGACAUUAUGAGAAUCUGUUAUGUAUGUGAACAGUGCACUAAUAUAAUGUCAGCUGAACUGGACCAUGUUCAUUGUGUUCAAUGCAACAUUACCCAUGAUAAAGCCAAUAGGUUAACCAAUUUUUUUAUAUACCUCUCACUGGAAGAUCAAAUAAAAAAACUUUUAGAAAUGCCAGGAAUUAUAGACAGCAUAGUACAAAAGCAAUCAGAAUCGUCAACAUCUUUCAGUGAUAUUACUGAUGGACUUUUGUAUCAGAACGCUAUACGUGCUUCAGACAAGCCCCUUCAAACACUUACCUUGACAUUUAGCUGUGAUGGUGUGCCUGUUUUUAAAAAGUCCCCCUGUAGUAUUUGGCCCCUUUUAUGCACAAUUAAUGAGUUGCCCGUGAAAAUGAGACAGGAUAAUGUACUCCUUUGUGGACUGUGGUUUGGGGAUGAGAAGCCUCAUAUGACAACAUUCUUAAAACCUUUUGUAGAUGAAUGUGUUAAGCUAGAGGACAGUGGAUUCACAUGGGAAAAAGAAAAAGGAGUUUUUAUCAAUACAAAAGUCAUCCCCCUAGUUCUGGUCAGUGAUUCUGUUGCCAGACCUUUAUUACAAAACAUCAAACAGUUUAAUGGUGAAUAUGGCUUCUCAUAUUGCCUUCACAAAGGUAAAUUGGUUGAAAAGGGUAGAGGAUCCACUCGUGUAUAUCCUUUUCAUCAAAACCUUGACCUCCGCAAUCAGGAACAAACCAAUGAAUUUGUAGAAAAUGCACUAGAGUCAGGUCAGCCUGCUUUUGGUGUUAAAGGACCUAGUGUUUUGUGUCGACUUCCCAGUUUUGAUGUCAUUGAAGGGUGUGUCCCAGACUACAUGCAUUCAGUACUUUUGGGUGUUGCAAGAACUGUAACAGGGCUGUGGUUAAACAGUGAAAACCAUGAAAAGCACUGGUAUAUAGGUAGGUCUAGACACUUGAUUGAUGAGUUGCUCUUAAAGAUCAAACCACCAUGCAAUGUACCUCGUGUCCCAAGGUCAGUCACAUUGAGGAAAUUCUGGAAAGCCCAUGAGUGGUACAUGUGGCUCUUUUAUUACAGCUUACCUGUUCUAAAAGGUAUCUUGCCAGAACCAUUGCUAAAUCACUGGUCCAAAUUAGUUAAGGGUGUAUCACUUCUGUUAGGUGAAAAUAUAACCAGAGAGCAGAUUACUGAAUCUGAAUCACUUCUAACAGAUUUUGUGAAAGACAUGGAGGUUUACUAUGGAGAAACCAAUAUGUCUUAUAAUGUCCAUCUUUGCCUCCAUUUACCAAGAAGUGUAGUUAAUUGGGGGCCUUUGUGGGCUCAUUCUGCCUUUGUAUUUGAGUCCUAUAAUGCAAAACUUCUGGACAUGAUCAAAAGCACUCAAGGGGUUGCACUACAAAUUGUCAAAACCUUUUGGUUACAAAAGGCUUUACCAUUUUAUGGUCAGACUAUUAUGCAAGAUGCCUCCAAUGAAUGCAAAGAGAUCUUUGAAAUUCUGACAAGACCAAAACAGUUGAAACAUGUGACUCGCACAUGUGACAUAACUGCACUUGAUCGCCCUAAAGUACGAAUACUUGGCAGAGAUGACUAUAUAGCACUGAGUCGUUAUCGAGUUCAAAGAGCCAGGGUCAAGUACUUUCAAAGGAUUGUUGCAAAUGGUGAAGUGAUUCACUCAGAAGAUUACAGUUGUGUGUUUAAACGCAACUCCUUCACUGUUAUGUUGAAUGAUGACGAUCAAAACUUUUUCAGUAUUAAAAGUUUUGUGAUUUGCCAAAAUGAAAAUGAGGAGAUGUGUUAUGCCAUUGGAAGGUUUUAUGAACGAGCAAAGCACAGUCUCUGUGCCUCAAAUCCAAGGUACUUUGAACCAGUCUCAAAACAUCUCGGCCAUCUUACAGCCAUUCCUGCUUCUGAUAUCAAAUGCAAAUGCAUGAUCAUUCACACUGAGAAACUACAAGUGGAUUACAUUUGUAUAAAUAUUAACCACUGUGAAUUCCUUAAAUGAGGUGUCGGAUGAAGCCAAGAGAAAUUUGUGUCAGUUUGUGUUUUCUGUAAUUUGUAUAUCUUUUUUAACUGUGAUGAUGAAUUCAUAUGAAAAAGCUAUGUAUCCAGUACAGAAGCAGUUUGUUAUUUUGUACAAUGUAAUAUAUAUUUCCAGUGGGAUUGUAAAGCAAUUUACAUUAAAGAUUUUGAACUUUGUAAUUGUACUUUGUUAUGCUUAUUUAUUUCCUUUACUUGGUGUCUUCAUAAUUUUAGGAUGACAUACUUUAUUGAAUAUUUAAUAGCAAAAAGUAAUGUACAGAGCAUGUCCACUAAAUUACCAACCUUAAAUAUAGUGUAUUGUUGUUAUUAAUGUCAAAAUCAGAUGUACACUGCAUAGGUAUUGAGGGAUUAAUAAAGCUGUAAUUUUUCCUAAUUCUUACUAAACCUUU